CGGUGGCCGAGACCCCGACGGGGAAGCGGCGGCUGAGGCAGGGUCGCGCCUCAGUCGGAAGCCUGGGUUGAGUGCAGCAGGGGUUCUCUGCGGCGGGCGAGAACGGACGCCCUAGACCUCGCUUCCCUCCCUCGCCCCAGAUUCAUUAUUAAACAUGGGUGCAUUUUUGGAUAAACCCAAAACUGAGAAACAUAACGCUCAUGGUGCUGGGAAUGGUUUACGUUAUGGCCUGAGCAGCAUGCAAGGAUGGAGAGUGGAAAUGGAAGAUGCACACACAGCUGUUGUAGGUAUUCCUCACGGCUUGGACGACUGGUCAUUUUUUGCAGUUUAUGAUGGUCACGCUGGAUCUCGAGUAGCAAAUUACUGCUCAACACAUUUAUUAGAACACAUCACUAACAAUGAAGACUUUAGGGCAGCUGGGAAAUCAGGGUCUGCUCUUGAGCCCUCAGUGGAAAAUGUCAAGAGUGGCAUCAGAACUGGCUUUUUGAAAAUUGAUGAAUACAUGCGUAACUUUUCCGACCUCAGAAAUGGAAUGGACAGAAGUGGUUCAACUGCAGUGGGGGUCCUGAUUUCACCCAAGCAUAUCUACUUUAUCAACUGUGGUGAUUCACGUGCUGUUCUGUACAGGAAUGGACAAGUCUGCUUUUCCACCCAGGAUCACAAACCUUGCAAUCCAAGGGAGAAGGAGCGAAUCCAAAAUGCAGGAGGCAGCGUAAUGAUACAGCGUGUUAAUGGUUCAUUAGCAGUGUCUCGUGCUUUGGGGGACUAUGAUUACAAGUGUGUUGAUGGCAAGGGCCCAACAGAACAACUUGUUUCUCCAGAGCCCGAGGUUUAUGAAAUUUUAAGAGCAGAAGAGGAUGAAUUUAUCAUCUUGGCUUGUGAUGGGAUCUGGGAUGUUAUGAGUAAUGAGGAGCUCUGUGAAUUUGUUAAAUCUAGGCUUGAGGUAUCUGAUGACCUGGAAAAUGUGUGCAAUUGGGUAGUGGACACUUGUUUACAUAAGGGAAGUCGAGAUAACAUGAGUAUUGUACUAGUUUGCUUUUCAAAUGCUCCCAAGGUCUCAGAUGAAGCAGUGAGAAAAGAUUCAGAGCUAGAUAAGCACUUGGAAUCACGGGUUGAAGCAUUACUACUUAGGUAUCAAAAACCUUAUAAAACGACAUGGAUGGACCUAGAAAGUAUUAUGCUAAAUGAAAUAAGACUGAGAAAGAAAUUAUGGAGAAGUCUGGUGAGGAAGGAAUGCCUGAUCUUGCCCAUGUCAUGCGCAUCUUGUCUGCAGAAAAUAUCCCAAAUUUGCCUCCUGGGGGAGGUCUUGCUGGCAAGCGCAAUGUUAUUGAAGCUGUUUAUAGUAGGCUGAAUCCACAUAGAGAAAGUGAUGGGGGUUUUGAAGUUUUCGGACGUCUGUAAAUGAAUAACUUAAUUUUUUAACACUUAUGCUUGAAAGAUUUAAGGGAGCCCAAGUUAGUAAUGAAACUCAUUGAGAAGAAAUAGACUCACCCUCCAAGUCUCCAGCUCCUGGUGACAGGUCUUGAGAGAGACGUCAGCCACUGGUAUCCUCUCAAUCGCACUGUAUUCCUUUUUGUGCAGCAAAAUCCUCUUGUUUCUUUUUUCUAAACAAUAAAAGUGUCCUUGCAAAAAGGAACAUUUUACAAUUAAUACAUUGUAGUGAGUUGAAUAAAAGUGACACUGUAUACUGCUAAUAACAGGAUUUAUAUCUUGGUCUAGAGCAGUGGUCCUGAGUCUUUCUUUGGUGUUCGGUACCUCAGAGUGUUAAGAAUUAAUUGUAUCUAAAGCUAUGAAAAUUAAUUUAAAAACGUCAUGUGAUACCUUUGAGAACCCUAAAUCAAACAAAUGAGGACAGAAGUUGGGGUGGCCAUGACUGAAAAGUUCGUCGUAAGUGGGUGGUGGAGUGAAGACAGGCUGGUCUCUUCAGCUAGAUUAUAGGUUCCACACAGCAUCCAGUACUAUGGUUAGGGGAAAUAAACCCUCAAAAGGUAGUUACUGAUUCAUUACUAGCUGUCUAAGUGCUCCUGUUUCUUCAUGUGUGUGAAAAUGUAACCCCAGUGUGUAAUUUUAGAAAAUAAUUUUGGGGUACCUGGCUGGCUCAGUCUAGAUAGAGCACGCGACUCUUGAUCUCGGGGUCAUGAGUUCAAGCCCCACGUUGGGGGUGGAGCCUACUUUAAAAAAAUUAUUUCAUUAUGCCUUGCCAAAUUUCUUUGUCCCUCAAAAAAGUUGGCUACUUUUACUCCAGAUACGGUUUUUAAAAUGCCUCAGAACCCUAAAUUAACAUUGGGGUUAAUGUUUUAAACUUUUUUAAAAAAUAGAAAAUACUUAUACACAGCUCAAUAAACAGUGAAUGAAUAAACAACAGAGCCAUGAAACUGAAGAGAAAUUCUCAGGAUAAAAAACUGGCCUUGAAUAUGAGUAUUCUAUGACUGUGUAUAAGUUAGGAGAUGCAUAAGCUUUCUAGUAGCUUCAGAUGAAACAUGGACAGUCUACCCUGAGGUGAAGUGAUACAGCGGGGAGACUACAGAACAUGAGGCAUGGUUCCAUCUCUCCUGUCAUUGCAGCCUGCCGUGUCCACAUAAACACACCAGUUAAAGAAUACAGUGUUUCACAUCAUUUGGUAAAGAAUAGAAAGAAGUGACAGAAUAGGGAAUGUGAUUCAUUUCCAUGUGACCUGUACGCUGAUUGCCUGGCAAGUCCGAAUUACAGAUAAGAGGGGAUUUGAAGAAUGAUGAGAAUGACAAAUGAAAUGAGGAGGAUGGUAGUUCAAGUGGACGGGAGAGGCAAGAACAAAGUAUAAGCCAGUCUUUAAAGAAAGGACCUCAUUUUGUCCAGAGCAUAGAGCCGCUGUGGUUAAAAAAAAAAAAAAAAAAAAAAAAAAUUAGGAUGUGGGGCGCCUGGCUGGCUCAGUUGGUUGAGUGUCUGACUUCGGCUCAGGUCACCAUCUCAUGGUUCAUGAGUUGGAGCCCCACAUCGGGCUCUUUGCUGUCAGCACAGAGCCGACUUCAGAUCCUCUGUCCCUCCUGCCCCUCCCCAGUCCCUCUCCUGCUUGUUCUCUCUUUCUCUCAAAAACCAAUGACCAUUUGGGGGAAAAAAAAAAAGAGAGAACUUAGGAUGCCAGAAGUACUUUUGGAGAGACUGGAGUGCCCCCCCCUUUUUUUUUUCCUAAAAGUUUAUUUAUUUGUUUUGAGAGAGGGGCAGGAGGAAGGGGUGAGAAAGAAUCCCAAGCAGGCUCUGUGCUGUCAGUGCAGAGCCCAGUGCAGGCUUGAUCUCAACAACCGUGAGAUCACGAUCUGGGCUGAAAUCAAGAGUCAGACGCUUAUCUGACUGAGCCACCCAGGCGCUCCUGGAGAGGCCUUUUGAACUUUAUAUUUUACAGAGAGGAGCCACCAUCUGUUUGGAGCAUAAGAAUGAUAGACCCAAAGGAAUAUCUCUGGUAUUUUAAUCUGUUGGAAACAUGUGCAGCAUUAGAUUAAAGAGAUGCUGGCAGUCAAGUAGCGAAAUAAUUGCAGAGAUCAGAUGAUAAGCGUAAACUCAUUAUCAGACAGCUAUGCGGAUUAGAGAAACUUCCCUGUUUACUAUAAAAAGUAACUUUUGCAGUCCAGAGCCCUCUUUUGGGAAAUACCACUUUGCCCUUUCAGAAUAAUCAUGACCUUAGAAAAAUGUUGAACCAUCAUCACUAGUAGCAGAAAUGUAAUAAAAGAACACAAAGAAGCAGAAAAAAAAUGAAGUCAUUAGAGGUGUUUAAGUUUUUACUUUUUAAGCUACUGUAGCAGUGAGUGAGGCACAGACGUGCUACAUAAGUGCUUCUUAACUUAGUUAGAUGUGCACCAUGUGGAAGAUGUUGCCGAAGUACAGUGGCAGGAGCCCAGGUUAGUUUACAGAAUGGGAAAGACAGCAGAGUGCUGGAAAUACAGAAGAGGAGCCAGUUGGGACAUUUUAUAAAAAUUGGGGUUUUUUUAAGUAACAAAAAUAAAAAUUUUGUUCAGACAUUUUAAAAAAUGAGGGGGACACCUGGGCAGCUCAGUUGGUUAAAUGUCCGACUUCGGCUCAGGUCAUGAUCUCACAGCUCGUGGGUUCGAGCCCCAUGUUGGGCUCUGUGCUGACAGCUCAGAGCCUGGAACCUGUUUCGGAUUCUGUGUCUCCCUCUCUCUCUGCCCCUCCCCUGCUCAUGUUCUCUCUCUCUCUCUCUCUCUCUCUCUCUCUCUCUCUCUCUCAAAAAUAAAUAAACAUUUAAAAAAUUAAAAAAAAAAAAGAAUGCUAGUCAGAGUUAAUUCGAGUUAAUCCUAAAAUGUCUGCUUCAUAUCAGAGAUAGAAUUAUCUGGCUGUAAAUGCCUGUAAGUAAUUUGGGGAUUACUUACGGAAAUAGGGAUUCAUUUAUUUUUCUUAUAUGAAAAGAAAAUCUUGUGGAUAAUGUAUUUCAGAAGGCCCAGUGGAAUGUAAGUCAGAAAUUAAAACAUUUAAAACAUAUUCAGAAAGUUCAUUAUUGAGAGGAGUCUUCUGAAGUGGUCUACUAAAUUUGUUUCUUAGUUCAACCUGUUGGAGUAUGUUAAGACUUCUUAAUGCAAGCAGUAUUGACAUUUUCCCACCUAGUAAAAUCUUUGGAAGAGUCUAGCAGGAAUUCUUAGGUGGUCUGUGAAUCCCCAGAAAGUUUUUGAAAAUGUGUUUAUGUGUGUACAUACGCAGUUUUUAACGAGAAGUAUAGUAUGUCUGCAAUUUUCAUCAGUUCUUCAAAGGCGUCUGUGACCCCAAAAGAACAAUCACCUAGAGGACCAGAAAAAGUAAAACUGCAUUUUGCUCUAAACUGUUCUUACCUUAGGCAGGGCUCUGAGAUCAUGGCUUUUUUCUUCUUCCAAAA